UUCCUGCAAAUAGAAUGGCACGUCAACGAAGGCCUAAGCAUAGUCCUGAGAUUUCAAAUGAACAGGAGGAAGCGAAGUUAAAGUUUUCAAAAAGUAAACAUCGUCAGGGCCCCGAUAGUAUAGCUUGGCCUCUGCUCGGGUUAUGUAUGCUCAUUGCAGUCCCAGCUUGUAUAUUCGCGACGUAUGCUGUGUGGAAUUAUCGCCGUGCAGCUAGGCUUUGCACUCCCUUGGACGCUCCGAAAGUUAUCGAUAGUAGUAAAGCCGAUGCAAGACGAUUCUGGGGAACAUAUAGGUCAAAUUUGUACUUCGGGCUAAGGACCCGAUCUCCUAAAUCUUUGAUGCUUGGUCUUAUGUGGUUCUCACAAUUCCCUCAUGAUGGGCAGCUGUCAAUCAGGCAUACAUGUGAGCAGGGCGAUGGUCUUCCUAAGUACGGCUGGCUAAAGCACGAUGGUGUUAAAUUUGGGGUCCAGGAGAUAGUUGACCGAGAUUUCAUUCUCACUACAGACUUUGCUAAGAGAUUUGGUGGAAAGCAUGGAGGGGAUUGGACUGCACGGAUAACUGGUCGAAAAAGAGAAGGGGGUAACCCAAAUCAAGUAGUAUCUCUGAUAUUCUAUACCACACAUGAGAACUCCCUUCCCAUGGAGCCUAAAAUUCACAAAAGAACCCUGACAGUAUUGCAUGGGGAGUCCCCAGAGCUGGGUAAAUUCUCCAUCCAUUUCCCCAGACCAAGUAAGAAUGUAAAGCUCUCCAACUUCCUAGCCACCCACACUCCAAAUGUCCAUUCAGUGAAGGACAUAGUGAUGCAAAGCCUACAAUACGUCAAACUCGGCAAAAAGAAACAGUUGAUAGGAUUGUCAGGAUUCGUGGGCAAACACGACGAGAACAACAACGAACUUCCUACUAACCUAUAUGCCCAACAAUGGACUCUGGAAUUGCCAUUUGAAAUGGAAAUAGUGUUUGAGUCAGAAAGUUUUGCCACAAGAGCGGACAUGCUUGAAGGAGAAGUGUUUACCGAUACUUUGAACAAGUACAAAGAGGCGUUUGAUGCAAAAUUUGAGGAGAAGUUCCCUCUUAAAGCCAAAGGGUUUGAUCACAGUCAAAAAGGCUUCGCCCAAGCAGCCUUUAGUAACAUGCUUGGGGGUAUCGGGUAUUUCUAUGGUAGAUCUAGGGUGGUGUCUCGAUACCUAAAGGAGCCGGUAGACUACUGGGAGGCACCUCUCUAUACUGCUGUCCCUUCGCGACCGUUCUUUCCUCGUGGCUUCCUGUGGGAUGAGGGCUUUCACCAGCUGCUUAUCAGUCACUGGGACACUUCCAUCAGUACUGAUAUCAUUGGCCAUUGGCUCGACCUCAUGAAUGCUGAAGGCUGGAUCCCAAGGGAACAGAUACUGGGUGACGAGGCGAGGACUAAAGUCCCAGCAGAAUUCAUCACGCAGCACAACGAGAAUGCAAACCCCCCUACUCUCAUUCUACCCAUCAAGGCGAUGAUCGACAAAGGUGUGCUCGACAGGGACUACCUAUCCAAGAUCUAUCCGCGCCUAAAGACCUGGUUCAGUUGGUUCAAUAAUACUCAAACAGGGUCCCUACCUUCAACUUACCGCUGGCAUGGCCGUGAUGGGAAAUCUGACCGCGAGUUAAACCCCAAGACUUUGACUUCAGGAUUGGACGACUACCCCCGCGCCUCACACCCUUCGGAGAUCGAGCGGCACGUUGACCUCAGAUGUUGGAUGGCAUUCGCAGCAGGGCUGAUGGCCGACAUUGCCGAGGCAGUUGGCCAGAACUCAGACCCUUACAAGCAGACGAGUGCUUACCUUUCUGAUGUGAAACUCCUCGACAAGUACCACUGGUCGGUCCGGCAGCAGAUGUACAGCGACUUUGGUAACCAUACGAAGUUUGUGAAGCUGGUACACAGGUCUACUCAGCCUGGAGGACCCACUCGCAUGGUCCGUAUCGUCACCUCGCGAACAGGUCCCACCUCUCGUUUUGUGAAUAGCUUUGGCUAUGUCAGCUUGUUCCCUUUUCUACUUCAAAUUCUCAAACCCGACUCCCCAAGACUAGAAACCAUUUUGAAGGGUCUUCGUGAUCCGGACAAGCUAUGGACUGACUACGGACUACGGUCUCUAUCUCGGACGGAUCCCUUGUACAUGAAAUACAACACAGAGCACGACGGCCCUUACUGGCGUGGAUCUAUUUGGAUAAAUAUCAACUUCCUAUCAGUGCGAGCUCUACACUUUUACGGCAACACGCCCGGUCCGUAUAGGAGUUUCGCCAAGGAGAUAUACGGAGAGCUGCGAAGAAACCUCAUCGGUAAUAUCUACCGACAGUACGUGACGUCAGGGUUCGUAUGGGAGCAGUACGAUGACGGGACAGGGCGUGGCAAAGGAACACACCCCUUCACCGGUUGGUCUUCACUUGUGGUGCUUAUGAUGGCCGAGCAGUAUUAAUGAAGAGGAAUGCAUUAGUCACUUCUCGUCUUACAAUCACAAAUCAUUCUUAAACCUUUCUCAAAUAAAUAUCUUAAAAACA